AUGUGCCAUCACUUCGAGCAACAAGCAGACAUUGCACUAGAUCGCCACCAAAACCGAGCUCUGGGAAAACGGAAUCGAGAAGCAACUGUAGUCGGUAGCGAAGUUCGCCUAGACAACAUCGAGAUACCUACGCCCCUCGUUAGUAUCAGCGAAAUCGUCGAUGCAUUCGCUCCAUCAAGCUCAGCAGAAUCGACGUGUGGCAGCGCCAUGUCAAAAACUAUUCGCUCGACAGCGAUAAUGCGGCCAAGUCAUCGUAAAAACUCACGCGUUCAGAAAGCAAGUACCGUUCCUCGUGACCUGCUGAGCAUCCUACCUAAACAAAACAACAAGUCCAAGGGUAUGUGCUAUCUAUCUAAGAAUGGCUGCAUCGGGCAAGCUCCAGGACUGUCCUACGAUUCAAACAGCGCACACUUCAAGCCCCUCGCGCUACCGGUAGAUGCCAAGACCUUCAUUGAGAAAAAUCUAAUGGGCCUGUCAGAGGGGUUCAAAGAUCUGUGA